UUUGCGGCAGCAGGGAAAUCGAGGGGAGAGCAGUGACAAACGUCGCCAACGGUCACGUUAUCUCCUCUAAAGUGCUCGGAUUUUUAUAAUAUUCGGUCAACGGGCUCAGAUAUUGAUCGUUUAAUUCUUCUCUUGGUGGAUGAGAUUUUGUUGGACUUUUCCGAAGCGCGUCUCUCCACUUUAAUGCGGUGGGAUGGCCACAGUGCCGCCUGGGCCUAGUAACGCACUGCCUACAUCCCCGGCUGAAGUUGCUCCUUUCUCCGGGGCAGGGAGAGCGGAGCCAGCGGUGGAAGCCGGAGAGCCCACCUACAGCGGGGAGGACUGCGGGCCCGCCGGUACGGGCAAGACGCAGCCAGUGAACGAGGUCAAAAGGUCGGCUAAGAAGAAGCAUAAAAACAUGCUAGCCCGGGCUAGCCCGGCGGCUCUCCACUUGAAAAUGCAAGCCGGAGAGCAGCAGCAGCAGCUGAAUGGCUUGGUCAGCUCCUCUGAGGACCUCGACGGCCACCAGCGCACAGGGAGCCGGCCUGACAAUCUCAAACCGUCCGAGGACAACUGUGACAGCAGCUGUUGCAGCGAGGCUGCGGCCGACAGGAACAGGACGGAGCACUGCCAGCACGAAGGCCACAGCCCCUUCUCCAAAAACGGCAGCCACUCUCCUGUGACUAACAGCAGCGUGAACGGGAUGCCGGCGACCCACGAAGCCGAGGACCAGCGUGAGCACACUAUGAGAGGAUCGGAGGACAGCGACGGGCCCUGUGGAGGGGAGAGCCCCUCUGAGCUGCAGCCGCCGGCCGCCCAGCUGGCCCGGCUCGACCUGAGCGGCUCUCCCAGCAGAGCAGAGGACAGCCACGGCAUCCGCUAUGUCCGCUACGAGUCCGAGCUGCAGAUGCCCUGGAUCAUGAGACUCAUCACCAAGGACUUAUCAGAGCCUUAUUCCAUUUACACAUACAGGUACUUCAUCCAUAACUGGCCGCAGCUUUGCUUUCUGGCCAUGGUGGAGCAGGAGUGCGUGGGAGCCAUCGUUUGUAAGCUUGACAUGCAUAAGAAGAUGUUUCGCCGUGGCUAUAUUGCCAUGCUGGCCGUGGACUCAAAACACAGAAGGAAAAGUAUUGGUACUAAUUUGGUAAAAAAGGCCAUCUACGCCAUGGUGGAGGGGGACUGUGACGAGGUUGUCCUGGAGACAGAGAUCACCAAUAAAUCCGCCCUGAAGCUGUACGAGAACUUGGGUUUUGUCAGAGACAAGCGGCUGUUCAGAUACUACCUGAACGGAGUGGACGCGCUGCGGCUCAAACUGUGGCUCCGCUAGAGAGAAAGAAGCAGACGGGACUGAGGGGGAGGGAGGCGGGUCUCCAGGUGCUGUUCACCUCUAACACUAGGAGCUCAAGAGCCUGAGUUCUGCCCUUUGGUCAUUUCCCACAUUAACACAGCACACACACAAAUGCACCCACACCCACCCACCCGUGUUCAGACACCUUCCUUUUCUCCUCAAUGUCCAAAAACAACUUGGGUGGAAAAAGACUGAAUUGCCAACAGCCGUGUUUUUAUUUUUUACGAAGAGGGCGGCCUCGGGGGACGGAGCUGUCGCCUCAGCGCACUGUGACGUGACAGGGGCACCACACCAAAUCAUCCUGCAGAACCACGGACUAAACAGACCUGCAGGAAGCGACACGCAAAGGGACACGGGAAAGCAGGAAGCGCGGCUACAAAGAGCGACCGGGAGGAAAAUAUUUGUGAAGUUUAUUUUUGGGUUGUUUUUUUUUUUUAAAGCCUUGUUCGGUUGGGGAGGGUUAAAGAUCUAGUCUGACUUGUGUGUUUGUACUGCCACAUGAUAUAUAUUUUUUUUCAGGUGUGUGUGUUUUUGAUUGUAUGUGCUGCUGUUGGUUUCACUGAAUUUUGGGUGACUGCUUGAAUGCGCACUGUAUGUAUUAUUUUUCUUGAGUUUGUUUUUCUUGUUCCGGGCGUGGCGCCCUGCUGCUGUCUCUCCCAUCAUCUGGACCAGAACCUGUAAAUCACGCGUGCUUCUGUUUGUUUUUACUGUGAGAGCAGGAGGAGAAAUCAUCUCUCCUUCCUCCGUUUGGUCCAGAGCAGUUGUUCAAAGCAAAUCAAUCCACACCUCAUCACCUCAAACUUGACCCAACUUAGGGAUAAACCACCUUUAUUUUUUUCCUCUUCGAUGUCUAUCACUAUAACCAGCCAUUUCAGGGUAUGAUUUACAAAGUUUAUGUCCCCCCCCCCCCCUUAGAUACACUGCCAGCCUCUGCAAAAUCCCCCCAGAAGAGACUCUUUGCCAAGGAUGGUGUGGUCCUAUAUGUCCAAGCUGUUUACUGAUUGACAUUAGCAGUCCCUUUCUCAAGUGCCACUCUGUCCAUCCGGACUGACAGGAAUUGGUUCUGCACUUCUGUUCCCGAUGCUGGAUUCCUGUUUGAGUAUGCUGUGUGUAUUUAAACUGUGGAUAAAGGAAGGACAAAAGAAAAAUAGAGUAUUCUUAGAUCAUAUUUUCUUUUUUUUUUUUUAUUAAGAAUUUCACCACAGUACAUUCGGGCAUACGAAACUCAACACACCUCCAGAACCUUCAGAGUUCUCCAGUUCACACUAAUUGGUGAAGAAAUGCUUCAGCUGCUUAUUUUUUUUUCUUUUAAAGAAAAAUGUCAGAUAAACCUACUUUUUAAAUGGUUGCAGUGUUUGAGUAAGAGUACGUCCUGCAACUUUAAAAGCGGUUUGGAUCAGCUUGGUUCCAA